UUUUAUGUUUUAUUUUUUGGGGACCAAAACUAUUUCAGAUUGAAGGUAUCUCUCUCUCUCUCUCUCUCCAGUCUCUCAUCCCUCAGAGCAAACGAAGUGGUUGCUGCGAAACCCUAGCCGCAUACAGAGGAUAAAGAGCAAAGCAAUUGCUGCGAUAACCCCAAACAUUUUCAGGGCUGAACGAACGAACUGAAAGAUCAAUCUGGAAAAAUAUUCAGAAACAAGAAGUCACUCACCAAUCAGAAAAAAUAUUCCGAAAUUAUUUGGUUCUGACAGGCUCUCUUUCUCGGAGGUAGUCGGCGCUAUGCUGGGUAGCGAUGCUUUACUAUAUCUCGAGGAGGGUGAUUACGGCACUUACCGUCAUACAUAUUUGAUGCCUCCAUUGACGGGAGCUCGUACCCCGAUGACGAGGCCUGCUGGUAUGUCAUCCUCGGGUCAGGCCCGGGCUCGGGCUGCAGACGUUCCUUCCACCAGCGGGGCUGGUACAUCUAGAGGUGGGGGUAGACCGGUUUCUCCGAUUUCGCCGACUUAUCCUCAUCCUGGAUGGCCAGAUAUGCCAACUGAGUUGAUGGCGUGGCAGUAUGGGGUUAUCUCUCCGACUCCGAUCCCGCUAGAGCCUCCGAUGCCCAGUGAUCGAUACGCCAUUGAUCCUGACUCACCACUGCCAUCGCGAGGGUACAUGGAGGAGGUGGUUGGACUGGUGGCCACACUCGAGGGCAUGGUCCUGUGUAGGGAGGCACAGUUGUCUGUCGUGGGCAUUCAGAUGCCUUCAUGGUCCGGUCAGCCGCAGGCCAGGCCACCUGGGCCUCCUUGGGGAGCUGGGCCAUCUGGGCCAUUUCACGGAGUUGGGUCAUCCGGGUCUUUUCAGGGGGCUGGGCCAUCCAGGCCUUUCCGAGGAGUUGGGCCAUCCAGGCCUUUCCGAGGAGCACGAGGAGGGUCCUCCCGCAGGCGCAGGACACAUGUUGUAGAGGCGGAGCCUGAUGAGGAGGAGGAGGAGGAGGAGGCCACAGAUCGUCAGUCAGAGACAUCUGCUGAGGAGGGGGGCUCCGGUCUUGGUUCGGGGAGUGGGGAACGAGGCUGAGGGGGAUCCUGAGGAUGA